AUGGUCCUCGUUACAGAGCUCACCCGCAUGCUUGGCAUCAAGCACCCCAUCGUCCAGGGCGGUAUGCAAUGGGUCGGCGUGCCGGCUCUCGCCGCUGCUGUCGCUGCCGCCGGUGGUCUCGGCAUCCUCACCGCCCUCACCCAGCCUUCCCCCGACGCUCUCCGUGUGGCCAUCAAGGAGACCCACAAGCUCAUGAACGGUCGCCCCGGUCGCUUCGGCGUCAACAUCACUCUCCUCCCCUCGAUCACCCCUCCCGACUAUGCCGGCUAUGUCAAGGCCGCCAUGGAUGAGGGCAUCGAUGUGUUUGAGACUGCAGGCAACAACCCUGGCCCCAUCAUUAAGCUCAUCCAGACUUACAAGGCUCCCGGGCAGGCCACCGUUCCCAAGCGCUACAUCAUUCACAAGUGUACCGCUGUCCGCCACGCGCUUUCCGCCCAGAAGAUGGGUGUUGACUGCCUGAGCAUCGACGGCUUUGAGUGCGCUGGCCACCCCGGUGAGGACGACAUCGGUGGCCUUGUCCUGCUCGCCCGCGCCGCUGAGGAGCUUGGCAUCCCCUUCAUCUCGUCGGGUGGUAUCGCCAACGGCCGCGGUCUUGCGGCCUCGCUCGCCCUUGGCGCACAGGGUGUUAACAUGGGCACCCGCUUCAUGGCCACUGUCGAGUCUCCCAUCCACGAGAACAUCAAGGAGAAGAUUGUCGCCUCCAACGAAAAGGACACUGUCCACAUCUUCCGUACGCUCAAGAACACUGCCCGCGUGUUUAAGAACAAGGUCUCCACCGAGGUGGUCGCCCUCGAGAAGCGCCCUUAUGGUGCCAAGUUUGAGGACCUCCGCGACCUCGUGUCUGGUGCUCGUGGCAAGGUUGUCUACGAGAACGGUGACCCGGACUAUGGAAUCUGGUCGGCUGGUAUUGCCGUUGGACUCAUCCACGACAUUCCCACCUGCGAGGUUCUGUGUGACCGCAUGGUCAAGGAGGCCGAGGACGUCAUCAACAGGCUCGACACCAAGAUUGCCAAGGCCAAGCUGUAG